ACGCCCCCGUCGGACUAGCAGGGGCUUCUCCACUUACUCCACCAAGACCAGAGGAGGACUACAUCGCUGUCUGGUCCUCCAAACCCACUCUCGCGUGUCUUUUCUGCACUUUUAUUUUAUUUUUUUACUGGAGUUUAACGCCAAGUUGGGCUUGCUGAACCCCCCCCCCCCUUCCCCCUCACACACCGUAACGUGUCCGGUUGUGAUUCCUAAUGCAAAACCUCGCAUAUCCAUGUGGAAACCUUCGCCAAACUUGAUUGGGAUUAUGAAUUUUGUGUGAGGAACGGAACGAGCGAAAGGGGGAUCUUCUCCGGAGCACUUCGGCAUGUAGCGGGCACCUGUCCAUCUACCCGAACAUCUGGUGGGAAUGGGCCAGCGCCUGGCCAGAGUGCAUCUCUCCACCCGGUGGUACGGCCGGCAUCGUGCGAGAGUGAGGGGGGCGGCGGCCAGAUCGUAAAAGGCCAGGUCCCCUCUUACUCUCCCGUCGUUUUUAUUUUAUUUAUUUUUUUGGUGACCCUUCCACCCUGCCAGCGAUGCCAUUCCGGCUGAAGCUGCGGCGCACACGGCGCUAUAACGUCCUGAGCAAGAACUACUUUGUGACGCGCAUUCGUCUGCUGGACAGCAAUGUGAUCGAAUGCACUCUGUCGGUGGAGAGCACGGGGCAGGAGUGCCUGGAAGCCGUGGCCCAGCGGCUGGAACUCCGGGAGACCCACUACUUCGGCCUGUGGUUUCAAGGGAAGAACCAGACCCCGGCGCAGCGCUGGGUGGAGCUGGAGAAGCCCCUCAAGAAGCAACUGGACAAGUUUGGCAACGAGCCGCUGCUGUUCUUCGGCGUGAUGUUCUACGUCCCCAGCGUGUCUCGCCUGGAGCAGGAAGCCACAAGGUAUCAGUAUUACCUUCAGGUGAAGAAGGAACUGUUGGACGGACGCCUCCACUGCACGGUGGAGCAGGGCAUCCGACUCGCCGGCCUGGCAGUACAAGCUGACUUUGGGGAUUUCACUCAGUUUAUGUCUCAGGACUUCCCCAGGGAGUACGUGCUCUUCCCGGUGAACUGGCCUAAUGGAGAUGAGGUGCUGGAGGAGUGGACUCAGAAGGUUGCAGAGGAGCACAAGAGCCAUUGCCGAAUGCAAGCAGCCGAGGCCGAGCUCUUGUACAUCAAGGAGGUGGAGAAACUGGACGGCUUUGGCCAGGAAAGCUUCCUUGCUAAGGACAACUACACCAACGAUAUUUUCAUCGGCAUGUCGUUCAUCGGGGUGUUUGUCAAACACAGAAACGGGAGGUCCAUCAUGCUCCACAGGUGGAAGGACAUCGGCACCAUAGCGCACAACAAGUCAGCCAUCACAGUGGAGAUAACGAGCAGGGAUGACACCAUCAUUUUUCACACGGAGGACAUGGAAAUGGCAAAGUACAUCGCUCGCCUUUUCACGGCCAGACACAAGUUCUACAAACAGAACAAGAUCUGUGCGGAGCCCACUCAUUCCCCGGCGCCCAUCAGAAGGCGACCCACCUGGACUCACCGCCUCUCUCUGCCUUGGCCGCAGACCUGUAACUUCCAGACCAUGCAUUCCCAGUAUGGAGAACAUUAUCAGGACACACAGAGCUCUCAAGAUAGUAUCUUCCACGAUGACCCGUACUACAAGUCCCAGACCAGCCUGGACCACUGCCAAGUGGACUUCCCCUUCCGCAACGGCAGCAUGUACAGCAGCCCCAGCCUGAGCUCCCUCAACCACUCGCAGACUUUCAUCCCGCCCUCGCCGCUCUCCUCCAACCUCAGCAUCCCGGCCAGCGAGCUCAUGCGGCCCGACUACAUCCCCAGCCACCGCCACAGCGCCAUCAUCGCUCCGUCCUACCGCCCCACGCCCGAGUACGACGCCGUCAUGCGGCAGAAGCGCCGCAUCCUCCCCGCGCACCACGACCUCCACAGCCAGUCGCUGCGCAGUCUCAACAUCAGCAACGCCUGCGCCUACCGCCAGCCUGAGGCCCUGGUGUACAGCCAGCCCGAAAUGAGGGAGCGGGCGCCGUACCACGGACUCGGACCCGGUCCUGGACCUUACACGCAGAUCAGCUACAGCAAGCCGGUGUCUCACGGCCCCCACCAGGGAGGACCAGCCAGCAGUCAGGGGCCGUGUCAUUCGCCUUGCAUCAACGGAGGCGGCGUUGUCGGCGUUGGAAGUUCAAUAUCUCACACCGUCAGCACACCUGAGCUCGCUAACACCAAACAGCAAGGGACAAAUCCUGGGAACUACGGCGCCGCGCCUCACGUCAUGAGAAACCACAUAUCGCGGCCUCCCCCGCCGUACUCCUCCACCCCCUUCCGGCCCGCCACCAGCACGCCGGACCUGGCGAGCCACCGCCUCCGCUGCAUCGGGGGCAGCAGUCCGGAGCUGGUGACCCGCAUGGUGCAGCUGUCGGUGAAGACCUUCCAGCCCGACAGCUCGGCGGUGGUGCACCAGUCCCUGCAGGAGGUCAGCGAGCCGCUCACCACGGCCGCCAAGCACCGCUCGGCGUUGGCCAAGAGACACAGCAUGGAGGUGAUCAGCAGCAUGAGGGCCGGGGGCAACAUGGAGGCCAUGGUGAUGAAGGGCUUGAACGCUCCUCUGCAUCGGAGGAACACUCUCCGGGAGCACGUGAUGCCUCCUCACCCGCAUCUCCCUCCAGCCGUAGACCUGCCAGGACCCGUCCCGGCCCAGCAGGAGGAGCCGCCUGCUCCCGUCACCUAUCAGCAUCAAAAAACUCUCUCCAACGCCACCAUGCUCAUCCACAGCAGUGAGAGCGAGGAAGAGGAGGAGGAGGAGGAAGAGGAGGAGGAAAGGCCUGAGCUUGAUGUUCAAAUCCCGGGUCUUAACGAGGACAUCAGCAUCAGCGCCCAGUUGCAGGCCGCCUUGGCCAAACUGCCCAACAAACCCCCUCCGGAGUACCCCGGUCCUCCCAGACCCCCCAGUAUCCUUUCCAGUCACAGUCACAGCCACGCUCACCACCACACCACCGCGCCGCACGGAAGCCACGGGUUCACGGACCCGAACCAGGCCCAGGUUGCCAGGGAUGGCGACCCUGAAACUGGCGGCGGCGGCGGCGGGACUCUGACGCGAGGCGAGCAGGGCGGGCUGAACGGGAACCUUUUGGGGCCCUCCAUCUCAGAACCAGACCUGACCAGCGUGAAGGAGAGGGUGAGGAAGGAGCCGGUGAAGGAGAGGCCCGUGUCCGAGAUGUUCUCUUUGGAGGACAGCAUCGUGGAGAGGGAAAUAGCGCAGAGGACGCUGGAGAGACAGAAGAUGUCCGUGGACUCCAUGAAGAGACCCCUGAUGAUGGCGGCCCUCAAUGGCCUCUACGUGGCCCGCAUGCCCGUCCCGGAGUGUCCUUCGGAGGACGGCGCCAAGGCUGCCACUGAUGAGCGGUGUAAGACGUUGGAGCUCAAGCUGGAAGAGGAGAGGGUCUUCACCGAGUACGAGCAGGUUCCCAAAAAGAGGGCGGACAGCACCCUGACCACGGCGACCCUCCCGGAAAACGCGGAACGCAACCGAUUCCGCGACGUUGUGCCGUACGAGGAGAACCGCGUGGAGCUGGUGCCCAACAAGGAGAACAACACGGGCUACAUCAACGCCUCGCAUAUCAAGGUGACCAUCAGAGGGGAGGAGUGGACCUACAUCGCCACCCAGGGCCCGCUCGCCAACACCUGUGCCGACUUCUGGCAGAUGGUCUGGGAGCAGGGGGUCAGCGUCAUCGCUAUGGUUACGGCCGAGGAGGAGGGCGGCAGGCCCAAGAGUCACCGCUAUUGGCCCAAACUGGGCUCCAAGCACAACUCGGCCACGCACGGCAAGUUCAAGGUGACCACCAAGUUCCGCACCGACUCGGGGUGCUACGCCACCACGGGGUUAAAGGUCAAACACCUGCUGUCGGGCCAGGAGAGGACCGUGUGGCACCUGCAGUACACCGACUGGCCCGAGCAGGGCUGCCCCGAAUACGUCCAGGGCUUCCUCUCCUACCUGGAGGAGAUCCAAUCUGUGAGGAGACACACCAACUCCAUGUUGGACACCUCCAAGAGCCUCAACCCCCCGGUGGUGGUGCACUGCAGCGCGGGGGUGGGCCGCACGGGGGUGGUCAUCCUCACUGAGCUCAUGAUCAGCUGUCUGGAGCACAAUGAGCCCGUGGAGGUGCCCACCAUGUUGUCAGGUCUUAGGCAGCAGAGGAUGCUGAUGGUCCAGACCAUCUCACAGUACAAGUUUGUGUACCAGGUCCUCAUUCAGUUCCUUAAGAACUCCCGUCUCAUUUAGCUCCGUCAUGUUGUUGGAGAGUCUAGGCCAGGGGUGUCAAACUCAUUUUAGACUAGGAAAAAGAUCCACUCCCAAGUGGGCCCAAACUGGCGAAAUCACGGCACGAUAACUUCAAAAUAAAUACAACUUCACAUUGAUUAUUUUUCUUUAAAAUUCAGAACAACAUUCUGAAAAUGUACAAAUUGUAAUUGAUGCGGUUAAUAGUAUUCUACCUUUAUUCGUCGUUAUUUAUACUUUCUGAAUAAAUGAUGUGAUAAUGUUGAUUAGUCAAAUCAUUGGUUUCAAUUUUAAAAAUCAAAUUACAGGAUAUUAUUUAUGUAGUUUGCUCAUUUUCCUCGACUGGUGCACUAACGUCCUUUAUUUUGUAAAUAUGUAGCAUCCUCUCCAAAGAGUUGCUAUUGCGACAUCUAGUGGACACAUUUAGAACAGCAGUUGGUUUCAUUUAAAAUUCUUGGCUCAUUUUCAUACUUGGCAAAGUCAUCCCGCUGGCCGGGUAAAACUGUUCCCAUGUUUGACACCCCUGUUGUAGGCCUUUCAGUAAGAUUCCACAGUACCUGCGUUACAACCCGCCAAUACCCGUGUAAAAUAUUAUAAAAUAUUAUGGGAAGAAAAAAUAUAUGUCCACUAAUCACAUUAGCGUGUUAAUUCAUGGAUUUAUCAAGUCCUCUAAAUUAAUGAUCAAACCCUGCUUUCACAUCUUUUACUGUACAAACCCUGUUUCCAUAUGAGUUGGGAAAUUGUGUUAGAUGUAAAUAUAAACAGAAUACAAUGAUUUGCAAAUCCUUUUCAACCCAUAUUCAGUUGAAUAUGCUACAAAGACAACAUAUUUGAUGUUCAAACUCAUAAACUUUAUUUUUUUUUGCAAAUAAUAAUUAAUUUAUAAUUUAAUGGCUGCAACACGUGCCAAAGUAGUUGGGAAAGGGCAUGUUCACCACUGUGUUACAUCACCUUUUCUUUUAACAACACUCAAUAAAUGUUUGGGAACUGAGGAAACUAAUUGUUGGAGCUUCGAAAGUGGAAUUCUUUCCCAUUCUUGUUUUAUGUAGAGCUUCAGUCCUUCAACAGUCCGGGGUCUCUGCUGUCGUAUUUUACGCUUCAUAAUGCACCACACAUUAUUAUUGGGAGACAGGUCUGGACUGCAGGCGGGCCAGGAAAGUACCCACACUCUUUUUUUAUGAAGCCACGCUGUUGUAAUACGUGCUGAAUGUGGCUUGGCAUUGUCUUGCUGAAAUAAGCAGGGGCGUCCAUGAAAAAGACGGCGCUUAGAUGGCAGCAUAUGUUGUUCCAAAACCUGUAUGUACCUUUCAGCAUUAAUGGUGACUACACAGAUGUGUAAGUUACCCAUGCCUUGGGCACUAAUGCACCCCCAUACCAUCACAGAUGCUGGCUUGUCAACUUUGCGUCAAAAACAGUCUGGAUGGUUCGCUUCCCCUUUGGUCCGGAUGACACUAUGUCGAAUAUUUCCAAAAACAAUUUGAAAUGUGGACUCGGCAGACCACAGAACACUUUUCCACUUUGCAUCAGUCCAUCUUGAUCUCGGGCCCAGAGAAGCGGGCGGCGUUUCUGGAUGUUGUUGAUAAAUGGCUUUCGCUUUGCUUAGUAGAGCUUUAACUUGCACUUACAGAUGCAGCGACGAACUGUAUUUAGUGACAUUGGUUUUCUGAAGUGUUCCUGAGCCCAUGUGGUGAUAUCCUUUAGAGAUUGAUGUCGGUUUUUGAUACAGUGCCGUCAGAGGGUUCAAAGGUCACGGUCAUUCAAUGUUGGUUUCCGGCCAUGCCGCUUACGUGGAGUGAUUUCUCCAGAUUCUCUGACCUUUUAAUGAUAUUAUGGAGCGUAGAUGUUGAAAUCUCUAAAUUUCUUGCAAUUGCACUUUGAGAAACGUUGUUCUUAAACUGUUUGACUAUUUGCUCACGCAGUUGUGGACAAAGGGGUGUACCUCGCCCCAUCCUUUCUUGUGAAAGACUGAGCUUUUUUUGGGAAGCUGUUUUUAUACCCAAUCAUGGCACCCACCUGUUCCCAAUUAACCUGUUCAAAAUAAGUGUUUGAUGAGCAUUCCUCAACAUUAACAGUAUUUAUUGCCACCUUUCCCAACUUCUUCGUCACGUAUUGCUGGCAUCAAAUUCUAAAGUUAAUGAUUGUUUGCACAAAAAAAUUUUUUUAUGAGUUUGAACAUCAAAUAUGUUGUCUUUGUAGCAUAUUCAACUGAAUAUGGGUUGAAAAGGAUUUGCAAAUCAUUGUAUUCUGUUUAUAUUUACAUCGAACACAAUUUCCCAACUCAUAUGGAAACGGGGUUUGUAUUUCUGUUAACAUUUAACAACAACUACAUUUCAAUAAUAAUUACCUGAGAUGCAAUUGUUUUGAAACACCUGUCGGACUCACAUGUAAAUACUGUAUCUUUGUGCCGACAUCCACACGCCUAUUUUGUUUUGUUUCUAACCUCCAAAGAUGGAAUCUGGAAAUCAGCAUCUAUUAAUAUUAUUUGUCUCGUUGUGAGAGUAAGGCUUCCAACGGUCUAACUUCCUCUCAGGAACGAGAAAGCUGAUAUUUGGGUUUGGUUUUUGAAGGAAAAAAACCAAACAAUGAUUGAUUAAAAUGAUCCUUCUGUACAUACAAUAAUGGACCUGCGUGACAAGACUUUUUAUACCUUUGCUGACUUGGUACUCCCAAAUACCGCGACCUGUUAAACUAUGCAUGCUUUUUAAGAUAUUUUCAUUGUAUAUAUAAACAUAUAUAUAAAUAUAUUCUCAGAUUUAUAUAAGCUUCCUGCUCUCUUUACAUUCAAGUGUUUUAUUGCACUUCUAUGUCACGCAGCAUUCCACUCUUUGUUCAUAUUUAAUCCCCCCCUUUUUUUUUUUUGCUAAACCUCACCCUUUACAAAAGAGAUGUGUACAUAUAUUUUGUAUAUGUGUUUCCACUGCAUUCCCCUUACUCAAACAUGUACUUGCUUUUUAAGCAAUAAAGCCUUAUUUUCUUUAA